AUGAACAGCUUACUAACUUCUUUUCCAUUUUGUUUGUUCACUAUUCUUUCAUUAAUUUAAACCAUCCUUGAACCCAUGCUUGGACCAUAUAAAACUCUAUAUUCAACUUGGAACAUGAUAUUUGAACUGCACCUUCUAUUCCUUUCUCCUGUUUCCUAAAAGCGUGGACUUUCUUCUCCAGGACUAGACUUCUUCGUGCCAAUCUGUUGCAGCCUUUGAAAGAUAUUGAAACUAUCAAUACUCGCUUGGAUUGCCUGCUUAAAAACAGGCCAAUUCAGAGCACAAAAGACAAUAUCUCUUCUGUACUUGUUGUCAGGAUGAACUUAUGAGCAAUGAACAGCUUUUCUUUGGACUCUCUCAAGUCUUGCGUAAGUUCCCAAAGGAGACAGAUAGAGUUCUUUGCCAUUUCUGCUUCAAGCCAAAGAGAGUAACCAAUGAUGUCUGUGGCAUUGAUAAUGCUAGAAAGAGCCAAGUAUUGAUAUCAAGCAUUAUCCUACUCAAAACUGCUUUGGAUGCUUUGCCCUUACUCUCCAAGGUCCUGAAGGAUGCAAAAAGCUUUCUUCUGGCAAAUGUUUACAAGUCUGUAUGUGAAAAUGAGAAAUAUGCUGACAUUAGAAAGAGAAUUGGUGAAGUAAUAGAUGAAGAUGUUCUUCAUGCACGUGUUCCCUUUGUUGCACGCACACAACAGUGUUUUGCUGUCAAGGCUGGAAUUGAUGGACUAUUGGAUAUUGCUAGGAGAUCAUUUUGUGAUACCAGUGAAGCUAUCCAUAACCUUGCGAACAAGUACCGUGAAGAGUUCAGGCUUCCAAAUCUUAAACUCCCUUUUAACAAUAGGCAAGGCUUUUACUUUAGCAUUCCACAUAAAGACAUUCAGGGAAAGCUUCCUAGCAAAUUUGUUCAGGUUGUGAAACGUGGCAAUAAUGUACAUUGCUCUACCUUGGAGCUUGCUUCUCUGAACGUCAGAAAUAAAUCCGCAGCUGGAGAGUGCUAUAUUCGAACAGAAGUUUGCUUGGAAGCACUAGUUGAUGCCAUUCGAGAGGACAUCUCUGUGCUCACAUUGCUUGCAGAAGUCUUAUGUCUCUUAGAUAUGAUUGUUAAUUCAUUUGCUCAUAUGAUAUCAACCAAGCCUGUUGAUCAAUAUACUAGAUCACAGUUCACAAAUGAUGGUCCACUGGCAAUUGAUGCUGGAAGACACCCCAUCCUAGAAAGCAUACACAAUGACUUUGUGCCCAACAAUAUCUUUAUUUCAGAAGCAUCAAAUAUGGUGAUUGUAAUGGGACCAAACAUGAGUGGGAAGAGCACUUAUCUUCAACAAGUGAUGGGUACACUGGAUAAUCUUGAAUCAAAUUCAAGCACGUUCAUGACAGAGAUGAAAGAGACAGCUUUUAUCAUGCAGAAUGUCUCCCAAAGGAGUCUAAUUGUCAUGGAUGAACUCGGGAGAGCUACCUCUUCCUCUGAUGGAUUUGCAAUUGCCUGGAGCUGCUGUGAGCAUCUAUUAUCGCUGAAAGUGUACACUAUAUUUUCUACUCAUAUGGAAAACUUGUCAGAACUGGCAACCAUUUACCCCAAUGUGAAAAUCCUUCACUUUAAGGUUGAUGUAAGAAACAACCGCUUAGAUUUCAAGUUCCAACUCAAGGAUGGACCAAGACAUGUAGCACAUUAUGGUCUUCUAUUAGCAGAAGUUGCAGGAUUACCAAGUUCUGUGAUUGAGACAGCGAGAAGCAUAACAUCAAGGAUUACAGACAAGGAAGUGAAGCAAAUGGAAGUAAACAGCCAGCAAUAUCAUCAAAUCCAAAGGACUUACCAUGUUGCUCAGCGACUGAUUUGCUUGAAGUAUUCCAGCCAAGAUGAAGAUUCAAUCCGGAAAGCAUUGCAGAAUCUCAAAGAGAGCUACAUAGAUGGAAGGCUCUGAGAUUGCUGCCAAUAUAACGAAGGCCCUUCGGAAAGCAGAAUUUGCUUGUACAUGCAUUCACAUAAUAUCUGAUUAGCAACCUAACUCCAUGGUUAAUGCACCGUGCUAGAUCCUGAUUUAGUCAUCUCUGCGUUAACUAAUUCUUUCAUUCUCUUCUCAAAGAAAGAUACAGAUACUUA